CUUGCAUUCGCUCGAAUCUUAGCAGCCUGUUGUUCUGCGCGCGAGCGAAAGCAGAUCAGUAAGCUUCCCGAGUAAAGAUGGUGUCGCUCGCGGAUAUUCUUCCACCUCCGAUUCAAAGGACUCAUGAAGAGUUUGCUGAUGAUGAUAGACUUUCAAGAAAGUUGAAUGUAGUUUCUGUUUCUAAGAAUGCAGCGCCACCUUAUGGACACCGUAAGGGUUGGGUUCCACGGUCAGCUAUGGAUUAUGGAGAUGGUGGUGCCUUUCCUGAAAUCCCUGUUGCCCAAUACCCGCUUGAUAUGGGACGGAAGAAGGCUACAGGUAAUGCAUUGGCUAAGACAGUGGAUGGAGAGGGCAAAGUUCGAUACGAUGCUAUAGCACGGCAGGGUCAUGGGAAAGACAAGAUUGUGUUUUCAAAGUUUCACGAUACUAUAGCCAAAGGCGUGCCUGCAGAAGAUGAUCCGGACUUGCAAAUACCCGAUGAAGAAGAAAUAAAUGAAACAACUGAAAAAACACGUCAAGCCCUUGAGAAACUAGUUCAGAGUAAGAUAUCGGCAGCUAUGCCUGUGAGAGCAGCAGAGAAGCAAGCGCCAGCUCAGUAUAUAAGGUACACACCAUCGCAGCAAGGAGUAUCAUUUAACUCUGGUGCAAAGCAACGAGUCAUCAGAAUGGUAGAAGCCCAGAAAGAUCCCAUGGAUCCACCAAAGUUCAAAACAAACAAGAAGAUCCCACGAGGUCCUCCUUCCCCGCCAGCUCCAGUCAUGCACUCCCCAACCAGAAAGGUGACUGUAAAAGAACAACAGGAAUGGAAGAUCCCUCCUUGCAUAUCCAACUGGAAGAAUCAAAAGGGUUACACAAUUCCUUUGGAUAAGCGUUUGACAUCUGAUGGCAGAGGAAUGCAGAACCCUCAGAUUAAUGAGAAUUUCGCAAAACUUGCAGAAGCUCUCUACAUUGCUGACAGAAAGGCUCGUGAGGCUGUUGAGAUGAGAGCCAAGGUAGAAAAGACAAUUGCCCAAAAGGAAAAGAGUAAACAAGAAGACAAAUUGGUGGCGAUGGCUCAAAAGGCGAGAGAAGAAAGAGCUGGUAUACGGUCCCAUCAGGGAGAUCGUGAUGAGGAAGCAAUGGAGAGGGACCGUAUGCGUGAGGAUAGACAUCGUCAGCGGCAACGUGAUCGCAACAUUGGAAGAGCAGCUCCAGAUAAAAGGAACAAGCUACAGCGUGAACGUGAGAGGGAUAUUAGCGAGAAGAUUGCUCUCGGGGUGCCUAACGUAGGAAAUCGCUCAGAUGAUCUUCAGUUUGACCAGAGACUUUUCAACCAAGAUAAGGGUAUGGACAGUGGUUUUGCUGGUGGGGAGGAUGAGUCCUAUAAUGUGUACACACAGGCUUGGAGAAAAGAUCAGAAUGUUGCCAGCUCCCUCUAUCGGCCUAGCAAAAAUGCUGACAAGGACAUAUAUGGCGAUGAUUUGGAGAGAAUCAUUAAGGAAAAGAGAUUUGUGCCAGACAGAGGAUUCGAAGGAACAGAUCAUACCCAGAGACGAGAUGGUCCGGUAGAAUUUGAAAAGAAUGAGGAGGAAGAUCCUUUCGGUUUGGACAAGUUUUUGAACGCUGCCAAGACAGCAGACAAAAGGCGGUUGGAAGGGUCUCGUUCCCGAGAUGACUACGACAGUAGAAGCAAACGAAAGAAAGAUUUUUAGAUAAUUACAAUUAUGCUAAUAUAGAGGUUUCAACACAUGUGAGAGAUUGUACAUUUCAUACGUUGGUUUCUAGAACAGGUCUACGAAUAACAUAAUUAACAAUUGAUAUGCCAAGAGCUACUAGUACACAUUGUUCAAGCUGAGAAUGUGACAAAUCCUCUAUUGUGAGGGAAUGAGCGAUGAUUCUUACGUCACGCCGGUUGUAAAAUCUUUUUUUAAGACCUGGAUACUUCACACAGGCAUUUCGCUGGUAAAUUGUCUAUGUACAUUGUUAGUUUGACCAAAAAUGUCCAGUGUGAUCAUAAAGCUCUGGCCAGACUAUGAAAUUUUAUUUGGCAAAAACAUGUGACACGUCUAAAUAUGUUCAUGAUUACAUCGCACCAUGACCAUAUAUGAGGCAUGUUGUGGCGAAAUGGUUAAGUUGUCGCACAGGCCAGUAUUGAGUAAAUGAGCUAUAAAAUAUGGGAGCUCAAAAAAUUGCCUAAAAAUCCAAAUUUGUUUU